AAGCGAUCGAGGCGAAUGGGAACAAUAAAGAUGGAUUAUUCCGGUAGAUUGUUUAUUUUUAUCCAGUUCCAACACAGACCUCCAGCAAACUAUAUUCACAAAUCUUGGGCCUCACAGUUGAAAUGUUUGUAAAAGUGCGCAGUUGGAAAUCGAAAAAGGCUAAUUUUCCACCUUCAUGAAUGCAACAUUACACCGACGUUGCUACGGCGACAGGACGCCAAUGGGGUGAAUGUUGUUUUCUGGGUUUUCUUCACAAUUCUAAGUUCAUGAAGACGUCGGGUCAAAGUUUUAAAGGCGGUGUUCGACAAAUCAUCUCUGCAGCGUGAAACCAUUGCUUGCCGUCAUAAAUGAAGCGAGAGAAGUGCAAACAUGUUAGCAUUAAAAUCAACGAGGUUACAACGAGUUCAUAAAGUCCCCCGAGCAUCCCUUGAAAGCGUUAUAGAAAGAUUGCCAUAUGACAUCCAGAAUAAGAUUCUCUCCUACCUGGAUGCUGGCACACUCCUCUGCGUCAGCCACGUCAGUAAGACCUUCUAUCAACUUGCCAAUGAUGAGGUCUUAUGGAGGAAUAUAUGCAAGCGGCUGCUGAGCAAGAGGCCAAUGAGCAUGGUUGGGGAGAUGCUAGAGAAGAGCACAUUGGAGGCUGGAGAUCAACCUUGGGGCUACUGGAAGCUACGCUACUUCAAAGCUCUUGAUGCGUGGAACAGAAGGAAGUGGAGAAAAUACAACACAGUCAUCAGCCGUCACACAGGGUUGCCCAGUCAAGCAGUUCAGAUGCUCCGAAACGUAACCUGGGAGCUGACCGUCAUGGACAAAUCAAAAAAUGAAGUCACGUACGAUCUUAGCUGGGUCCGGUUCUUUGAGACCUCCGCGGUGCUGUGCUGGAAUGGAACCCUCUGGCCUGACUUCCAUAAGAUUUCCACCAUUCAGCUCCACGGCGUCAGCAGAGUAGCCCUCAGCUGCCCCGGACUCAAGGCACCUGGCUGGAGGUCCCUCAUGGAUGUGGUGGACAUGCAGAGUGUGACCAAAAGCAUGCAGGACUAUGGCCAGGACCAACUAGUUGAAUUGAAGCUAUUAAAGCCCGACGUUGUCAUGGGGCUUUGGAGGGAGCAGCGCAGUGUUGCCUUCGUCACGUUCACCCUCCACUUGUACAUGCUGCUGGAGAGAAGUACCCAGGGAUCUUCUCUUAGUCCCUACGUCGAGCGUGUGCUCCAAGCCCCAUUUGAUGACAUCGAUCCUGAUUAUGGUCUCCAUGGAUACCGGCUACACAUAGUUCUCCACAGCACUGAAUGCGAGAUCGUGUCUGCAAGUUUCUCUCAGUUAUUCUGCCGAAGAGAUGAGAUCUGCGAUGGCCAUAUCCAACUUUCUGCCAUGAACGACAGCUGUUUUUCAAAGCACGCACCUUUAUCAGGAAAUGUCACUCUGCCCUGGAGGUGCGAGGCCCUGCGAGGCGAAGUCAAGAACCGCUGUAUCAUGAGCCUCACUCUUCUCGAUGAGUUCAACAGACCCUUUUGGUGCGUGAGCUCACCAGUUGCCCUGAAGCACCCGGAGAUGCCGUUGUCGCUUUUCCAUGCCGCGGAACACUUCCUCGUCCACUAUCAGGACACCGAAGGGCAAGUCGUGAUGAAAUUUGUGCAGAUGGAAGAACAGAAGCAAAUUUUCCUCGUCGGCUUAGUAGUUUACGUGACAACCUGCAAAGUCAACAAGUACUUCAGAAAAGAAUACUAAGGGUAGAAAGAAUACUAAACGUUUCCUGAUUCUGAUCCGAUCCAGAUUCUCGCAAUUGCAUUGAAUCACUUGCAUUGUUUCUUUUCCGAUCUUUUCUCCAUUUACCUAGAAAACACAUUUUAUCCAUGCAGCAUCCCACUUAGUUCUACUGCUGCAAGCAGAGAAAGCUGUUCUGAUUCUUCUAACCGUGCUUAGUAUGAGGCUAAGCUUGGUGAGAUCUGCACGUUUGAGAGCCAUGCAAAAAAAGCAUUGCACAUACACACACACAUACAGCCACCAUUCAUCAUUCAGGAAGCGAGACCUCUAUGAACACCGCCUCGAUUUGACCCACUUGUAUUGUGUCAUUAUCUCUCCAUCAUGAGGCCACCUUCAAUGCCACACCCAUUAGUGAUGUUCGCCUGUCACUUUGGCUGGGCUUUUUCAUAUCUAACUAGCCAUAAAUGUCCAAAGCAAAUGAAAUGAUUUAUUGUAUUUCUGGCAUGCCUGCAUUUUAACAUGAGGACAUUUCCUCGGACAGCCGCCAAAUGACUUGAAAGUGGCUGUGUCGUCGUAUUUUAAGUAGUCGCUUGUAGUCGCUUUCAGAUGCGACAGCCGUUUUUUGCGUGCCGUCGCAAUGUUUGCUGCCUCACAUGAUUUUGUUUCUCGAUGAAACGAUUGUCCAUCACAGUAAGAAAAAACAAAUAAACUAAGACAAUAGCAUAUCAAAUUGGUUGUAACGGUUUAAGCAGAAUAGAAAAUGGAUGCCCCCCCUAGCUAAUCAUUUUAAUUGGAAUCUCAUUGGCAAAGUGGUUUACUUCUGAGAGCGAUCCUGGAGGAAGAGGAAGAAAAUGACCACACGAGGGCAGUAAAGCACUUUGUGGCUGUCACCUUUUGGUUUGAGAAAAAAAGCAAUUG